AUGAAGCAAAAUAUCUUAGUGGAAUUGCUCACUUUUUGGAAAAAUUGGCAUUUUCGUCGACGGAUCGAUUUAACAGCAAAGAUGAAAUUCUGCUUACGUUGGAAAAGCACGGGGGUAUUUGUGACUGCCAGACGUCAAGGUACGCCAUCGGACACCACCAUGUACGCUGUGUCUGCUGACUCUAAAGGCCUGGACACGGUGGUUGGGUUGCUCGCUGAUGUGGUCCUGCACCCCAGGCUCACAGAUGAAGAAAUUGAGAUGACACGAAUGGCUGUCCAAUUUGAGCUGGAGGACCUUGACAUGCGGCCUGACCCAGAACCGCUUCUCACAGAGAUGAUUCAUGAGGCUGCUUAUCGGGAAAACACAGUUGGCCUCCACCGUUUCUGCCCCACAGAAAACAUAGCAAAGAUCGAUCGAGAAGUGCUUCAUUCGUACCUGAGAAACUACUACACCCCUGACCGCAUGGUGCUGGCUGGAGUCGGGGUGGAGCAUGAGCACCUGGUGGAAUGUGCCAGAAAGUACCUCCUGGGAACCCGACCGACCUGGGGAUGUGAGAGGGCUGUGGACGUCGACAGAUCGGUAGCACAGUACACUGGGGGGGUUGUCAAGCUGGAAAGAGACAUGUCCAAUGUCAGCCUGGGCCCUGCCCCGUUCCCCGAGCUCACGCACAUCAUGAUAGGACUGGAGAGCUGUUCCUUCUUGGAGGAAGAUUUCAUCCCCUUUGCCGUCCUGAACAUGAUGAUGGGGGGCGGCGGCUCCUUCUCAGCUGGUGGGCCCGGCAAAGGCAUGUUUACCAGGCUCUACCUUAAUGUGCUCAACAGGCACCACUGGAUGUACAACGCAACCUCGUACCACCACAGCUAUGAGGACACGGGCCUCCUGUGUGUGCACGCCAGCGCCGACCCCAGACAGGUUCGAGAAAUGGUGGAAAUCCUCACAAAGGAAUUUAUUUUAAUGGCUGGAACUGUGGAUGUGGUGGAGCUGGAGCGGGCCAAGACGCAGCUGAUGUCCAUGCUCAUGAUGAACCUGGAGUCCAGGCCUGUGAUCUUUGAGGACGUAGGGAGACAGGUGCUGGCGACCCGUUCCAGGAAGCUGCCCCACGAGCUGUGCGCGCUCAUCCGCAGCGUGAAGCCGGAAGACAUCCGGAGAGUUGCCUCUCAGAUGCUUCGCAGGAAGCCCGCAGUGGCGGCCCUGGGCGAUCUGAGCGACCUGCCGGCCUACGAGCACAUCCAGGCGGCGCUGUCCAGCAGAGACGGGCGCCUGCCCAGGAUCUACCGGCUCUUCCGCUAGAGGCCGCCCGACUGCGGCUGCGGGAGUCGCGUGUGAUUGUACGUGUCUCUGGGUGUGAGUUUAGUGCAAAGACUCAUAAACGGUGCAAACCAUGGGACUCUUGAACAAAUUUAAUGUCGCCGAGCACAGCUCAGUUUCUGGUUCUUUGCUGUUGAAUAAGCCACUCGGUGGAAUAAAGGUUUGCCCUCACUGUGGCUAGAAACCA